UAGAAAAAAAGAGAGAAAGAGAGAGAGAGAGAGAGAGAGAGAGAGAGAUGAUGGGAAAAGUCGGCGGGUAAGAAGAAGAGUCGACGACAUCGCCGGGAUCUCCAGCCACCGCCGCCAUCGGCACCAUCUUCCCGGCGCACCCUCCGACCACGCCGCCGCCGAAUCCCUAUAGCCGAUGACUUCAUCAACUCGAGCUCCGAUGAUGAGGAGGAACGAGGCAAGAGAAAGCUCAAGCUGGUUGUCAAACUUCCCCACCUUCCGGCUCGAAACCCUCCUCGCUUUUCCGUCUCACCAGGUAACUCUUCCUCCUCUGAUCCCGUUUCUCCACCCUCCUCGCCGUCCUCGGCGGCUUUCGUGGAUGAUGAUGAAGAGGAGGAGGAGGUCAAGCCGCUGAAGAAGCGGAGAAUCGAGUGUUCCGGUGGAUCCAGUCGUUGUGAGGAGAGAAGGAAACAUCCGAGCGUAAAACCUAAGGACCGAGUUCAAGGUGUUUGUAAUGGCUCGCGAAUGGGAACUCGGUUGCCGGAUCAUAAGAUAUUGGAAAUGGUCCUUGAUAAGCUUCAGAAGAAGGACACUUAUGGAGUGUUUGCAGAGCCUGUUGAUCCUGAAGAGCUUCCUGAUUAUCGUGAUGUGAUUGAGCAUCCAAUGGACUUUGGGACAGUAAGGAAGAAGCUUGCUAGGAAUGCCUACCGAUGCUUUGAACAAUUUGAGGAUGAUGUCUUCCUAAUUUGUAGUAAUGCUAUGCAAUAUAACGCUCCAGAUACCAUUUAUUUUAGACAGGCACGCUCCAUCCAAGAGAUGGCUAGAAAGAAAUUUCAGAUGCUUAGAUCUGAUGGUGCUCACAAGACGCAAACUUUUGUUGAUCCUGCUCCUAUGGCAACUGAGAGGAACUGUGAAGAGAAAAUGAAUAGUAACUUCAUUGAGAAGAAACUGAUUAAGAAGCCUGUCUGUAUCGCUUCGAAGGAAAGAUUAGGCUCAGACAAUUCCUCUGGCGCAACUCUUCCGUUGAUGCAGGAUACUGUCACUGUAAUGAAAACAGCCAAAAUUAAUGAGUCUAAGAGACCUGCCAUUGUCAACCAAGGUCUUGAUAGGACUCCACCCCUGGUUGAGAGCAAGUCAGAUAAGGCAGAUGAAGUUUCAGCAAGGUGUUCCCCAACACAGCAUGGGACAAAAGUACUUCUGGUUGAUGAAAAUCAUGGUGCAAACGACGGCACACUUACGGAAGAGCCAGUGGUUGAAUCUGAUUCAUUGUUUACAGUGUCGGCCAAGAGUUCUCCCUGCAAGUAUGGACGAAAGCCACUGAUAGUUGAUGAGAACCGCCGUGCUACUUACAGUGCAAACAUAGAAGAGCAUGUGGUCGAAUCAGACUUAACUUUUGCUUUUUUUGGGAGUGAGGCAAAGCAGUUGACUGCGGUUGGAGAUUAUGUAGAGUAUUCAUAUGCAAGGAGUCUGGCACACUUCGCUGGUUCCCUUGGGCCUGUUGCCUGGAAAAUUACCUCUGAGAAAAUUGAGAAAGCAUUACCUGCUGGUGUCAAGUUUGGUCCCGGAUGGGUUGGGGAGUAUGAACCACUCCCAACUCCUAUUCUCUCUUUUGAAAGCCAUAUUACACAGCUGGGACAUAGUUCUAAGUUAAAAAAGCAUAGGGAGAAUGAAGGUAGGACAAAAGUUACACAGACAAGUGGCUUGAAGGAUAUCCAGCUUGUUCGCAAAACUCAUAUAGUUAGUGAUCAGUGCAAUGGUUCAUCUAAUCAGCCAAAGGAAGGGAUAUCUUGCCGAGAAACUAUGGGAGGGAAACGGGGUUGGUUUGGUGUUGCAUCAGAAACUAAACCCGGCAUCACUUUUGCUAUGCUGCAAAAGCAGAAGGAUCGAUUGACUGUUGAUUUGCCACAGGCUUCCGCCAAUCUUGCUGAACAUCUCCAACCAUCUAACUCCACUUCUGUGAUUACCACUGAAACAGCUCUUCAAAGGCCUUUGAGCUGUUCUGAAGCUGCAACAUCUAGAUCGUUUGAGACGAUUUUGAGAAACAGUAAUCACAGGCAACCUGACAAUCUAAAACAAGAAGAAAUGAGAAAACCUGAACGUGGAAAUGCUAUUCUGGGAAUGGACCUUAGAGGAUUUAAUGGUGGUAAUGCGACAGAGAAGUCUGAUAUUGACAGGUUGAACGCUUCUUUGGGUAUUAUUUCCAAUCAGCAAUCCAAGGUGACAAAUAAUGGCCGUGCACAUGGUUCUCAGGAGCAACCUGUUGAUGAUCCUUGUAGAAUAAUGGGCUUACCUGGAAAGAUAUUCUACCAAUCAAAUGCAAAUGUUGGCGGUCAUACUGCAAAUAUCGGCGGCCAUACACUGAAACAGGUUUGCUCACCUCUUCAACAACCAAGAAGGGACAAUGCAAGUGCAGCUGCGGUUGCUGCUCAGGCAUGGAUGUCAAUUGGGGCUCCAGCAGAACACAAGACAAUAGACAUCAGCAGAUAUCCUAAAAGCCAAGUUGAGCCUGCUCUUCUUCACAACUCUUUUUGGAAAAUGCCUACAGCCAGGACAGGAGUUAAUGAGGACCAAAUGACAAGACAGGUGUCUCAAGUCUUGCCACAGUCGAUCCAAGUUAGUGAAGAAUCACAGGUUAAAAAUCAAGGCUUUGUCUUAUUUCCUCAGUUACUUGGUAAUGAUUCAUCAAGACAAAGUGGCCAGGCCCAUUGGCAACGUUUGGUUCCGCAUGUGCAGCAGAGACAGAGAAGCGACAUGCUCCCUCCAGACCUCAACAUCAGUUGUCAGCCGCCUGGAUCCCCGGUUCGCCAGUCAUCAAGCAUUUUAAUGGAUUCCCAGCAACCAGACUUGGCUUUGCAGCUUUGAGUUCAGAUGUUGUUUCUGAUGUUAUUGCUUUAUGAUCAUGGGCAUCCCAUGGAUCCUUUUCCUGGUAGUUUAGGACAUAGUGACAAGCUUUAAGAAAUCUGCUGGCAAUUAUAGAAGAGUUUUGGACAGAUCUUUGUACUAUUAACAAAGGGAGUUCAAGAUACAGAAUUGGAGUUAUUAGUUUACCUUGCUCACACUUCUGGGAGAAAAAUACAAAAUUGAAAGGGGGCCUCAUUUUGGAUGAAGGGUUUCUUGGAUGGAUGUCUAGUGAUUUUUAUUGCCGAGACAGCCUUCAAAUACAAUGACAAUAUGAGGUAUUGUCAUUUUAUCACAUUUGGUUGGUGGGGUUAUAUUAUUAGCUCUCGAGUUCAAAUUUCUGCCACCCAUUGGAAACAUUGGAAAUACAGCUUUUGAAAUUCUUGUGUGGGAAUUGGGAUUUGAAAGCAGUACUAAUCAAACUAGAGAUAUUCCUAUGAAUUCAGAUUGUAGAAACUAGAGAGUUUUUGGUUUUGGUUUUGGUGUUAAAGAGAGAGCCUUGUACAUCAGAUUAGGAAAGGUUAUCCAUGCUUUUGUUGAAGCUUCUUUCUGGAAAAGUAAUCAGUUACAAGAUGCCCUCGUUACACUAUCUACGUCAUUGUGUUAUGUAUAU